AUGUCUUCCGGCUCUUCUUCUAAUUCCGAGGUCGCGAUCCUUCCCGAACACCGCAGGGAGGAAACUUCUACCGAGAUCUCGAGCUCGGGAUCUACGGAGCAUUCCUCAUAUGCUUCUUUGGUUCGGAAGAACUCUCGGGUCGUCGAGGUCGGCUCUGGUAGCCGAGUUCCAAUUCGGGCUCCGGAACGGAUGGAUCCAAAUCUCCGCGAGCCUGAGGGCCAAGUUCCUGCUGAUUUGGUCCUGGAACGGGAGCCUGACGUGAAGACAGACGAGGACGCUCCGUUGCGCGAGGUCGGGGAUGGAGGGGCGCAGGAUCCCAAUGACGACGAUAUGAUGCCGAUCGCGGAUCGGCCGUGUAUAUGUGCCCCGGUAAAAUCCACACUGUCAUCUCCAGAGACAGUUCGGGCUGCUAUGCUGAUCGGCGGAGCCCCUCCCGGAAUCAUUAUCCAGGUUCCUGAGCCGGAUGAGCGUCCAUGGGAUGCACCCGAGGACUUCAUCUGCGUCUAUGAAGCCUAUUUUCGCGAGCUCGGGCGCGACAUCCGGGCUCACAUCAACGUGGCUCAAUUCGAGGAGCUCUUUAUUAUGAAGGUCUCGGCGGCGAAGAGUUGGUUUAUGUCGGUGAAUUGCAACCCGAAGUUCGACCUGGUGACUGGGAACAAGGCUAGCAAGUUUCCGAACUGGGACCAAAGCUACUUCUUUGUCCGCGUGGAUUCGAUAUCUGCUGAGAAUCCGGAGAGCACGUUCCGGACUGGCUGGAGUGUCGAUUUUGAUCGCCACGUUCCAGGAUUUAUUCAGCGCUCCCUCACGUCCGACCUUGCGAAGCAGUUAAGUGCCGCCGGACAGCGCCGUUGGCCACUUGCCUACCGAGAGAAGAUUGACCGUCGGAUAAAGAGAGCUCAGGACAGAGCAAAAAAUAAGAUGGAACCCAGCUCGUCGAGGCCGGAACCGAAGAAGAGGAAAACGAAGAAAGUCAGCAAGUCAAGUCGGAGAAGGAUGGCGUUCGACAGGUCAGAUAUCCCAAUAAUGGACUUUGGCGCUGAUGAGGAAGACGACAACGCCCCAAUCGACAUCGUCGGUCUCGAUGGGAACGAGGCCGGUGACGGUGCUGAAGCUGUUAUCGAGGACGAGGUCGAUAAUGUCCCGGUCGGCACAGUUGACCCCCUGAUCCCGGUUGCGGAACCGGAGGGCGAUGUGGCGGGAACUAGUGUUCCCGAGGCAACUCCUCAGCCUCAAAUGGAAGAGGGGGAAAUUGGUGAGCAGGAAGAAGACGAGCUCACCAUCGCCGACCGAGCCCGUAGGAAGAAGGGCAAGUCUAAGAAGUCGUCUCGGAAGAGGGAUGGCGAGCCCGAGACGGCUGCGAGUGAGGGGACUUUGGUCCUUCGCGACUCGCCUAACGCUUCUCAGGUUCCUCCAGCGGAUCCGGCUGCUGAGACCGAGAACCCGAGGUCGUCCAAAAGGCGCCGGACUUCCGACUCGUCCUCUUUCUCGGUCCGACUUAAGUACAACAAGGACCGGUCUUUCUUCGACGACUCGUCGGCCUGCGCCGAGCUCUUCAGGCAGAUCGUGUCGGCCUCGUCUCCGAUGCCUGAGACGAAAGACCUCUUCCGUCCCAAGUCUUACGCUCGGGUCGCGAAAUCUGCCUCUGCUCUUGUCUGCGAUACCAAUGAGCUCAUUCGUGAGUACGACUCCGAGGUCGAGAGGCUGAGGAGGAUCAAUGCUGAGGUCGCUGCUGAGAGGGCGUCUCUGGAAACGUCGUACCGGCACGAAAAUGAGAGGUACGAGGCUGCUGUACUGGGCUUUACUGAAAAGGAGAAGGAGAACGCGGCUCUGAAAGAGCAAGUCGAGGCUAUGAUGAAGCGAACUGUCGAGCUGGAGGGGGACGUGGACGCUCUGUCCAAAUCGUUCAAGACAAGCGAGCUCGAGAAGCGGAGGUAUCGGGACGCUGAGUCGAAGGGAAGGAAGAUGCUGGCCGCCCUUAGAGGCAAGCGCGAGGGGAAGCUCUCCAAGAUGAAGGACUUCAUGGACAAGUCCGAACUCCGGAAGGCGCCAUUCCUCAAACUCAACCAGGCGACCGCUCUAGUCGGCUUCUGCGACUUCCUUAAGCGGGAGCACAACAUGAUCGUCCCGUCUCACAUCGUGGAGACGUAUGAGCGCAGGAUCAGGAACUGCACAAAGGAGGUCGAUGGCAUCCCCCUUCCGCGGUUCCAGAACGAAGAUUUCCUCCUCCCAAGCGACGGCGACCUCAUCCCGAGGAUUGUGCUUCCACCGGGGACGCAGGUUCCAGAGGGCUUGGAUCAGUUCGGCUCGAACUCCAAGUCGAUCUCGGCUGAUCGGGCGGCAAGCCUCAAGAGUCCGGCGUCCGUUGCUCGUCAAUGA